AUGUCACGCAAACGGCGCAACACUUCCUCUCCCGAACUGGAUGACCUACCUUCUCCGAAGCGACAGAAUACGCAUGAUGCUCAGGAUGUCUGGGACGAGACAGAUGAAGAGGACGUCGGAGAAACUCCCCAUGUUGCACAAUAUUCCGGGCAGAUAGGAGCGUUUCCUGGCUUGGGUGUUGACAGCGAUGAGCCCUUCUACGGCCCAGCUGCCGAUGGUAUCGACUACCUGCGGAUGGUUCGAUCCGAAGCGAAGGGCGUCCCUUACAUCCUGACGGCUCCUCUAGACAAGGCAAAGAACGGAUCCUCGCAGCAUGCUGAAGAAGGAGGAUAUUACUACGAUGGCGCAUAUACCGCGAUCGCAAAGGUCUCAGCUACCGACGUAGAACCAACCUCGACCGCACAACAGUAUUACUACGACUCAUUGCUCACGCAGUUCAGACUGGUGCAAGCCACAAUGCGAUGCACACCCCCUUUGGCCAGCCUUGAAACUCUGGCUUCCUCGCAAUUCAUAUCCUUCCCAGAGUCAUCACGAAAAGUACGAGCGCAGUGGGAAGCGCAUGUGCUUUCCUGCGACCCGCAUCCGGCCCAGGUGGCUUGUUUCGACCAAGAAACUGUUCUGGAACUGGUGAAGUUCUUCCGAAUGAAGUUGAACAAUUUUGUCUCCAAUAAGAAUGGCUCGAUUGUUCGACGGAUCGGGGCGUGGGUUUGGGCUAUUCUGGGCAAGUGCAGAGAUCGAGGAGAACUGUCUAGCGAGGACAUUGGAGAACUUCGUGGGUUGGCGCGGAGAGCGGUUGAGAUAUUGCACAGACUGGAUGGUGGGUUGGCGCAAGAUGACGCGUGGUCCGAAGACACAGAGUAUGAGGCCGCGGAUGUACAGACAGCGGAUGAUCAGGUCGUCGCUACACAGGGAGAGGCUUCGGAGACCACCACCGGGGCACCAAACGAAGGAACGGAGACCAGUACCGUGGCCAUGGAAAAGGACACGGACAGAACCAGGCUGGUUAGAAUGACCUUGGACAUGAUUAUCACGAUGGUUGGCGAGGUAUAUGGCCAGCGAGACCUUUUGGAUCUACGAAGGCAAUGGAGUGACGACUGA